CAUUAUCAGGGCAUUCAGACAACACAACAGGUAUUGUACUCUAUUGCUUUCUUUGUCACAAUACAGUUUUACAAACCUGUGAAAGUAGUCUAUUGGUUUCAAAUCAGUUGUGACUGUAUUGUAACACAUGUCAAUUGACAACACAUGUUUCUUUCUUUAGAGUUGAAAGAAUGCCACAUAGAGGUGGGAGGGUUGCCAUAUUUCCAGCGGCACAAGAAACCCUCAUUGUGGAUAUGGUUCGUGGGAACAACCUCAUCAGACUCCGGGAGAUCAGAGACAAAGUCAUUGCCGAUAAUGUCAACUUUGAGAGCAUUGACGAUGUCAGCUUGGCCACAAUAGACCGAGUUCUCUGGCGCCAAAAGACGCGGAUGAAACAGAUCUAUAGGGUUCCCUUUGAGCGCAACUCUGCGCGACACAAAGACCUACGUUACGAGUAUGUGCAAAGGAUAUUACAGUUGGACGCGAUGGCCAGACCUCAUGAGUACCUCUUCCGGGAUAAGGCUGGCUUCAACCUGCAGAAACGAAGGCAAAGAGGCCGUAACAUCAUUGGCCAAAGAGCCAUCACUGAGGUCCCUGGCCAACGGGGGGGUAAUAUUACUCUUUGUGCAGCCAUGGGUUCGGAGGGGCUUGUCCACCGGCAUGCUGUCCUUGGGUCUUACAACACCCAACGUCUCCUCAUCUUCCUAGAGGAGCUAAAAGACAUCCUCCUGGACCGCCAACAACACCAUCCUGGGCCCGCACAUCACAUUUAUGUGAUCAUUUGGGACAAUGUCCGCUUCCACAGAACAAACCAAAUCAGAGAGUGGUUCACCACCAACAGUGACCGCUUUUUAAACGUCUGUCUGCCACCAUACUCCCCUUUCCUGAACCCCAUAGAGGAGUUCUUCUCAUCAUGGAGAUGGAAGGUUUAUGACAGACAACCAUACACAAGAUAG